GGCGCAGUUCAAACUUCGGCGGCAGUUGGGGCGGGCGCUCCUGCGCUGCCAGAGCCGUCCCCUGUCCGCUCCCUCUCCUCCUGUCCCGGUCCCGGACCCUCUCCUCCUGUCCCGGCCGGCAUGGCGGACGAGGGUGCCGUCACGGUGUGCGUGCGUGUGCGGCCGCUCAUCGCCAGAGAAAAUGCCUCAGGAGAUAAAGUGUCCCUGCACUGGAAAAGUGAGAAUAAUACUGUUUCCGACGUGAGUGGUACCAAAAUAUUUAGUUACGAUCGUGUCUUUCACUCAAGUGACAACACUCAGCAGUUGUAUGAUGGUGUAGCUGUUCCAAUUAUACAGUCAGCUGUGCGAGGCUAUAAUGGCACAAUUUUUGCUUAUGGACAGACUGCUUCAGGGAAGACUUACACAAUGAUGGGGAAUGAAGAUUCCGUGGGCAUUAUCCCUAAGGCAAUUCAACAUGUGUUCAAAAUCAUUUGUGAGAUUCCAGAUAGAGAAUUCCUGCUGAGGGUUUCUUACAUGGAAAUCUACAAUGAAACAAUUACCGAUUUGCUUUGCGAUAAUAGGAAAAAGAAGCCUCUGGGAAUUCGUGAGGAUGUUAAUAGGAAUACAUAUGUAGAAGAUCUGAUUGAAGAAGUGGUAGUUGCCCCAGAACAAGUUAUGGAAUGGAUCAGAAAAGGAGAAAGAAAUCGCCAUUAUGGAGAAACAAAAAUGAAUGAACACAGCAGCCGUUCCCACACUAUCUUCAGAAUGAUCAUUGAAAGCAGAGAACGAAGUGACCCUGCAAAUGCAAACUGUGAUGGAGCAGUCAUGGUUUCCCACUUGAACUUGGUAGAUCUGGCAGGCAGUGAAAGAGCUAGUCAAACAGGAUCUGAAGGUGUUCGACUGAAAGAAGGCUGCAAUAUAAAUCGGAGCUUGUUCAUUCUGGGUCAAGUUAUCAAAAAACUUUGUGAUGACCCUUCUGGCUUCAUAAAUUACAGAGACAGUAAGCUGACUCGAAUUCUGCAGAACUCCCUUGGAGGAAAUGCUAAAACAGUUAUUAUUUGUACAAUUACUCCUGUUUCUUUUGAUGAGACACUCAGCACUCUUCAGUUUGCCAAUACAGCCAAAGGAAUGAAGAAUACACCAAAAGUCAAUGAAGUUCUUGAUGAUGAUGCUCUCCUGAAGAGAUACCGCAAAGAAAUUCUGGAUUUGAAAAAGCAGCUGGAGGAAGUAUCUUCAAAAACUCAAAUUCAUGCAAUGGAAAAGGACCAACUGGCCCAGCUGUUGGAAGAAAAAAAUUCCCUUCAAAAAGUACAGGAAGACAGAAUACGAAACUUAACUGAGAUGCUGGUGACUUCUGCUUCCUUUGCCUCAAGACAGAAUGUUAAAGCCAAGAGAAGAAGAAGAGUUACUUGGGCUCCUGGUAAAAUAAACCAGGCAAACGUGAGCUUUUUGGAAGACCUUGAAAAUGCGAUGCCAACUGAAACAAAAAAAAUGAAGUUGUCUCUGCCAGCAGUACCAGAUGUGGAGGAAUCUACCUUAGAGAAUUCUGGGUAUGACAGCCAUUGCCUGAUGGUUCCUGAUCAAACUUCAGAAGCAGAAUGGAUUGCUGGUCCUAACAUGAAUUGGACCCAGAAAGACUUUGAAGAAUCUGUGCAGCUCUGUGAAGCAUUAGCACUAGAAAAGGAUAUUGUUGUUAAAGAGGUCCACAUCCUGCAAGCUAACUUUGAUAAUUUAGUGCUGGAAAAUGAGCAGUUGAAAUUAGAAAUAAAUGAACUGAAAGAGAGACUGAAGGAAAAAGAAGAAAUAGAUGAAUUUGAAGCACUGGAAAAGCAAACACAGAAAGAUCAUGAGAUUCAACUAAUGCAUGAAAUUACCAGCUUAAAGAAUCUAGUUUCAAAUGCUGAAGUGUACAAUGAGGAACUUGAGGCAGAAAUAAAUUCCAAACUGGAACAGCUGAAAGAGAAAGAGAACAAAAUAAAACUAUUACAGAAUUGUGUGGAAGAACUACAAAAAGCAGGAGUGGAAAAAAAGGAGACAUCUUUUGCACUGGGAGAUUGUGAUAAACUAACUGAAGAAAUUCAGCAGCUGAAUAAAUCCCUCUUAGAUAGUGAAGCCAUAGCCUUGGAUGCCAAAAAGGAAUCUGCUUUUCUCAGAAGUGAAAAUUUGGAGUUGAAGGAGAAGAUGAAUGAACUCUUAAAUAACCACAACCAAAUGCAAAAGGAUGUUCAGUUAUAUCAAAGCCAAGUAGAAGCGGGAAAAGCCAGUUACCGAAAAAUGCAAGCUGACUUGCAGAGAGAGCUGCAGUCUUUAUUUCAAGAAAACACAAGACUAACUUCACUGAUGGAGGGUAAAGUUCCAAAAGAUUUGCUUUCUCAUGUGGAGCUGGAAAAAAAGGCAGCUGACUUAAAAGGAGAACUAGAAAAUGCUUUGAAAGAGAAUGCACAUCUACAGAAACAAGUAAAUGAACUAUCGGAAUUUCAAUCUCUACCAAAUACUGUUGAGAUGCAAAAGAAAGAGAUUCUUGAAACAUGUGAGGAGUUACGCUUAUUAAAGUUGGAAAAUGAAAAGCUACUUUUGGAAGUAGCUGAUAAUGAAAUGAGAUUUAAACAUAUGUCUGAAGAAAUUGAAAAAUCAAAAGACAAUCUCACAGAUCUACAACUGAAAUAUAUGAAGUCUGAUGAGGAAUAUGCAGCACUUAAACAGCUCCAUGAAGAAAUAGAACAAAAAUACAUAGCUGCAUCAGAAACCAAUGAACAAAUGAAGCUCCAAAUAGAAUGCCUAUCUAAAGAAGCACAAGAGUCUAAAACAAUUUUGGAUGAAGUUAAAUUAGAGCUCUCUAGCAAAAUGAAAGAACUGGAAGAGAAAGAAGCAGAGCAAAAACAACUUCUUGAGCUAAGAGAAAAUCUUGUUCGGACUCAGCAGAAGUUAAAUGAACUGGAACAAUUAAAAGCGGAAGAAAGGAUUAGUGAAGUGAGAAUUGAGGCAAAAGAUUUGGAGAUCCAAGCAGUCUUGCAGCAGCUUACAGAAUGUCAGGAAGAAAUAAAAACUCUAACCCAGGAACGAGAUGACCUGAAGCAAAAAGGGGAGUUUCUCCAAGCUGAGACAGAGCAACUCAGAGAGGAUAUAAAGGACACUGUUUCAAUGAACAUCUUGGCACAUGAAGAUUUGAGAAAUGCACAAAAUUCUCUGAAGGAAUCCCAGAAAACUAUCAAGAAGUUGGAAAAAAGUAUUUCUGAAAAAGAAUCUCAGAUUCUGAGUGUUGAAGAAGCACUAGGGAAAACCAUUAAAGAACUCCAAAUACAGAUCUCAGAAAUGACAGAAGAAAUUCAAAUCAUCACGUCAGAGAGAGAUCAGCUGGCUGAGGAGAAAUCAGGAAGUAAUAGCUGUAGAGAAAGUGAUCAGCUUCAGGUGCAAAAGGAGCAAAUAAUAUUCCUUACACAAGAGAACCAUUCAUUGCAGGAGAAGCUGGAGAGUUUACUUUUGAACAAAGAGCAGCUUGGGGAAGGAACUUUGAUACCACAGAUUCAAGGACAAUCUAUGGAGCAAGAGUUAUUUCUUCUGAGAGAAGAGCUGAACCAGGCGCAACGGAGAUUGCAUGAAAUGGAGGAAGCCAAGGCCAGUGAAUAUCAAGGGGAAUCUGAAAAAAUGGAGAGAGCAGAUGUUACUCCAAAACCACAUGACUCCCAGGAAGUCAGCACCCAGACAGAAAGAGAUGAUGAUGAUGAGGAUUUUAAAAUGCAACUGGAAAAUCUCCAGAAUGAGAGAGACCAGCUUAAAGAAACUCUACAGGAGACAAUUAGCAAGAACUCCGAGAUGCAGGAGGAGUUGAGAUGUACUCAUGAAUCUCUCGGACAACAUCAGGAGAAGAUUGUGGAGCUGAAAGGAAGUAUUUCAGAGAAAGAAAAUAAGCUUUUGAAGGUGCAAGCGGAAUUGAAAGAAAAAACUGAUGAACUGCAGCAGAAGCUCACUGAAGUCACUGAAAACCUGACUCGUGUCUCAGCUGAGUAUGGCAACCUCCUGGCAGAAAAGCAACAAGCUGAAAAGGCAAUGAGUGAGCAAGUGUGCCAGCAACUUGAGAGCAUCACUUUACUUAACAAGGAGAAGGAUGAGCUUCAGCAAAUGGUAGAGACUUGUAAAGAAAGGGAAGAACACUUGUUAAAGGUUCAGAGACAGGCAGAGAUUUUGAAGGACAGCCUAACAAGCAAGCUCACUGAAGUCACCGAAAACCUGACUCGUGUCUCGGCUGAGUAUGGCAACCUCCUGGCAGAAAAGCAACAAGCUGAAAAGGCAAUGAGUGAGCAAGUGUGUCAGCAACUUGAGAGCAUCACUUUACUGAACAAGGAGAAGGAUGAGCUUCAGCAAAUGAUAGAGUCUUAUAAAGAAAGGGAAGAACACUUGUUAAAGGUUCAGAGACAGGCAGAGAUUUUGAAGGACAGCCUAACGAGCAAGAUCUCAGAAAUGACAGAAGAAAUUAAAAUCAUCACGUCAGAGAGAGAUCAGCUGGCUGAGGAGAAAUCAGGAAGUAAUAGCUGUAGAGAAAGUGAUCAGCUUCAGGUGCAAAAGGAGCAAAUAAUAUUCCUUACACAAGAGAACCAUUCAUUGCAGGAGAAGCUGGACAGUUUACUUUUGAACAAAGAGCUGCUUGGGGAAGGAACUUUGAUACCACAGAUUCAAGGACAAUCUAUGGAGCAAGAGUUAUUUCUUCUGAGAGAAGAGCUGAACCAGGCGCAACGGAGAUUGCAUGAAAUGGAGGAAGCCAAGGCCAGUGAAUAUCAAGGGGAAUCUGAAAAAAUGGAGAGAGCAGAUGUUACUCCAAAACCACAUGACUCCCAGGAAGUCAGCACCCAGACAGAAAGAGAUGAUGAUGAUGAGGAUUUUAAAAUGCAACUGGAAAAUCUCCAGAAUGAGAGAGACCAGCUUAAAGAAACUCUACAGGAGACAAUUAGCAAGAACUCCGAGAUGCAGGAGGAGUUGAGAUGUACUCAUGAAUCUCUCGGACAACAUCAGGAGAAGAUUGUGGAGCUGAAAGGAAGUAUUUCAGAGAAAGAAAAUCAGCUUUUGAAGGCGCAAGCAGAAUUGAAAGAAAAAACUGAUGAACUGCAGCAGAAGCUCACUGAAGUCACCGAAAACCUGACUCGUGUCUCGGCUGAGUAUGGCCACCUCCUGGCAGAAAAGCAACAAGCUGAAAAGGCAAUGAGUGAGCAAGUGUGUCAGCAGCUUGAGAGCAUCACUUUACUGAACAAGGAGAAGGAUGAGCUUCAGCAAAUGGUAGAGACUUGUAAAGAAAGGGAAGAACACUUGCUAAAGGUUCAGAGACAGGCAGAGAUUUUGAAGGACAGCCUAACGAGCAAGCUCACUGAAGUCACCGAAAACCUGACUCGUGUCUCGGCUGAGUAUGGCAACCUCCUGGCAGAAAAGCAACAAGCUGAAAAGGCAAUGAGUGAGCAAGUGUGUCAGCAACUUGAGAGCAUCACUUUACUGAACAAGGAGAAGGAUGAGCUUCAGCAAAUGGUAGAGACUUGUAAAGAAAGGGAAGAACACUUGUUAAAUGUUCAGAGGCAGGCAGAGAUUUUGAAGGACAGCCUAACGAGCAAGAUUCAGCAAUUAAGUGAGACCCUAAAUAGUGUAUCAUCUGAGAAGGACCAGUUAUUAGCUGAAAGAACUAGUCUCUCUUUACAACUUAAAGAACAAAUCUCAUCAGUUAAUCAUGAAAAAGAUGAGCUAGAAAAACUUCUUCAGGAUGUCAGGUCUGAGAGGGACCAGCUCAAGACAGAAUUGCAAAGAAAUUCUGAGAUGUGUGUUGAAACCAAGGCAAAACUGGAAGAUGCUUUAGAACAACUGAAGCAGAGAAACCUGGACAAUAUUCUGGUAGACCCAGUGGAUAUUGCAAAGGAGGUGGCUGAUGACAACUUGAAAGAAAAAACCUUGAAAAUUAAGGAGCUUCUUGAGAAAUUCCCAAGUAUGGGGAAGAGGUAUGAAUGUCUCUCUACAGUGUCUCUUAAGCUAAAGAGUGAACUGAACAGUCAGAAAGCACUGAUAGCUGUGAUACUGCCUCAGCUUACACUGGAGCAGAGUAAACAAGUCAAAACACUUCAAACUAAAAAUGAGGAAAUGAAUACUCGUCUCCAGAAGUUAUUGACCAAAUUGAAGCUUCUGUUCAGCUCUGUUUGCACAAAGAGAAGAGAGUACCACACUACUGUUCACAAGUAUGAAAUUGAAUUGUUUGAGGAAAAGAGAAGACAACAUGACCUACAAUCCCAGAUUCAAUAUCUCAGGAAGAUGAAUUCGAAGCAGAAUGAAGUAUCAUCUCAAGUGUUAAACAGCAGUGAAGGGCUGCACAGUUUGCACUUGGAUGCAGAGAGCAUUCUCAAAGAUGUAUCAGAAAUGGAAAAUGAACUUCUCUGCAUAGAAGCUGAGUUACAGCAGGAAGAAAGUGCUAGAAAAGAAACAAUACAGUUCUGGGAAGCUUGUUCAGGAACUCACUGGGAUACAGAGGAACUGAAAGAAGAACUAAAGAAAGAUAAUGAAAGACUCUUGCAAGUCUUUAAAUUCUGGACUCCUAAAGUAAAGAUACUCCUUGAACUUUCUUCAGAGCUGGAUGCCAGAACUGCUAAUUACAGUAAAAAUGCUGAUGCUGAAUUAAAACAGAGAAAAGAGAAAAAUGAAGAGUUGCUUCAAGAUCUAAACACUCUAAAAGAAAAACUGGCCCCUGGUGGCUCUGCCAGUCUGGCAUUAGAAGAAGAAAAUUAUAGGCUUCAUAAUAAAUUAAAGGCUGCAGAACAAGACAAAAAGGCUAUGGAAGUGAAAAUUCAGAAGUUAGAAAAUGUAAUAUAUGAAGUAGGAGAAAGUGUCAAAGAGAAAGAGGAUAAGAUAAGCAAACUACAAGCACAGAUAAGAAUAAGAACAGAGACAAGUGAGCUCACUCAACUGCAAGCCAAACUGAAUGAGAUGGGUAAUUCCCUCAGGACUGCCUUAACAGAGAACCAGAGUCUUCAGGCAAAAUUAGAUAAAGGUGCUGAGCUGUACAAAGAAGAAAUUGACCACCUAAAAACACAAUUGGUAAAAUGUGAUCUGGAAAGAAUGAAACAAUCCAACUCCUUUGAAGUGAAACUUGCUAAUUAUAAAGCCCUUGCAGAACACCGAGAACAACAGUUAACAAAGCUAAAAGAAGAACUGAGAAGAGCACACCAAGAGCAAGAUGUUACUGUGCUGAAAGAAGCAGAUCCUCAGCAAUCCCCAGCACCCCUUACUUGUGGUGGUGGCAGUGGUAUUGUGCAGAGCACACAAAUACUUGUUCUAAAAUCUGAACAAGCUAAGCUACAGAAAGAGAACUUGCAGCUGAAGAAACAAAAUGACCUUCUACUGAGUGAUGAACUUCAGCUGAAAGAGGAACUCAGGAAAUGGAAAGAAAGAGCACUAAAAUGGAGAGAACGAUCCUCAAGAGAAACUACUCAAGAGACAAUACCAAAGUCUCCAAAGAAGGUGGUGUCGUAUUUCUUUAAAGAGCAAAUGCCUUCACCCUGCAAGGAAACUGUUUCUCAGGAAACAGUGACUCAGGACCUUCCAAAGCCUUUGCCUCUGACUUGUCCAACGAAUUUCUUUGAUAAUUCCAACUUGGGUAUGCUGACAGAUACACAACCUGCGGGCAUAGAGUCCACAGAAGAACAUCUUAAGCACUUGUUCGGGACUUCAGAGAGAGAUAAAGCCCCUGAUUGUAGCACCCAGUAAAGAUGCACAACCUGCUAAUCUGCUGAUGUUCUGCUUAGGUGUUUGGGUGUGGAUUUUUUUGAUGGCCAAGAGAAGCUAAUGUAUUUGAAGAAAAAAAUGGAAAAAAGGAAUGGAUCACAAACUAAUCCACUUGAAACUUCUCAGUCUCAAACUUUUCAUUCUGUCAUUCCUAAAACAGCCCUUUUCUGGGGUGUUGAUAUUUAUAUCUUCAGAGUGCUGUUGACUUGGCAAGAAAAAUUCUUUUUGUUUCUUAGCAUGUGGUUUUUAUACCAUACUUUCUUUAGGCCAACAGAAACUGCAUUUUCACCAUAAUUUUGACUUCUUUGGACACUACAACCAAAGCUAGUGAUCUUCUGUUUGUAGAGCACACAAUCAAAGGUUCCUCUUAAACUCCUCAAAAGUUUCUGCAGCUCAGCCAAUUAUGGUACCGUAAGUAACAUUGAAUUUUGCAUCAUUUUUCAAUAUAUCUGUCUGAAGUUGUGUAUUGGAUUUUUUUUAAAUACUAAGCAAUGGACUUCACCCUCUUCUGCUUCUCCCUUUUAGUGAAGGGAAAACAAACCAGAUCAUUGAGGCAAGAUGGACUCUUAUUAACCUACUUAUCUGUAUUGUGAGACCUACAUUUUGUAUGUUUUAUAUGUUUUAUUGACAAUAAAAUGUUAUAUGUUAAAUAUGUAAAAA